CCCUCGUUGCGGUAACGGAGGCAGCUGCUGGACCGAGUGUUGAGUUGUCUGACAUAAAUCCGCUAAAACACAAAAAUACUGUUAACAAGAAAAAAAAAAAAAAACACAAACGGUUCAGCGGUCUUUACAAGCUACAAGACUCUCUCUCUUUACCUAGGAGGUUAAAAUGAGCAGCUCUGAGGAAGUGUCGUGGAUCUCCUGGUUCUGUGGACUGCGAGGAAAUGAGUUCUUCUGUGAAGUGGAUGAAGACUACAUUCAGGAUAAGUUCAAUCUGACCGGGCUGAACGAGCAGGUGCCACACUACCGGCAAGCACUGGACAUGAUUCUAGACCUGGAGCCAGAUGAGGAGCUGGAAGAUAACCCCAACCAGAGUGACCUGAUAGAGCAGGCUGCAGAGAUGCUGUAUGGACUGAUUCACGCACGGUACAUCCUCACAAACCGCGGCAUUGCGCAGAUGCUGGAGAAGUACCAGCAGGGUGACUUUGGGUACUGCCCUCGAGUGUACUGCGAGAACCAGCCAAUGCUCCCAAUUGGCCUGUCUGAUAUACCGGGUGAGGCCAUGGUCAAGUUGUACUGUCCCAAGUGCAUGGACGUGUACACCCCAAAAUCCUCUCGGCACCACCACACUGACGGAGCCUACUUUGGGACGGGGUUCCCCCACAUGCUGUUCAUGGUGCACCCCGAAUAUCGCCCCAAGAGGCCCGCCAACCAGUUCGUACCCAGGCUGUACGGGUUCAAGAUCCACCCUAUGGCUUAUCAGCUCCAACUGCAGGCAGCCAGCAGCUUCAAGAGCCCAGUCAAAGCCAUUCGCUAGAGCUGCAGCGCCCCCUAGCAGCCACACGAGCACAGUGAACUGAUGCACACACAGACGCUGGCUCCUCAAACAAUUGACAGAGCAGUCUGACUUUUCCACUCAACCUGGGGUGGGGCACUGACAUAAUGGGGUCAUUUCAACCAGAUUCCUCUUUCCUUUUGUCAUUCAUAAAAUUAAAAAAAACCUGUAGUCGAAGUAUACACAGUGAACUCCGGUUUAAAAAGCAGGCGCCUAAACUACAUUAUUGGUUGUUUAGGGUCUAUCUCUCUCGCCCUCCCUCUCGUUUCUAUUGGAGAUACUCUGUUCAGCUGGUGACAUGCAGUUAGUUGACUCGAGACCGGUUUUACUUUCAGGAGCCAUUUCUGUAGGUACAACAUGUCUCGGAUUAGACUAUUAAUAAUGUUGCAGUAUUAUUAUUAUUAUUUAGUAAUUUAGCAGACGCUUUUAUCCAAAGAGACUUUGGGGUGAACUAUGCAUCACAACUGCUGCUGCUGCUGAGUCACUUACAAUAGGACCUCGGUUUUAAGUCUCAUCCGGAGCAUGGUAUAGUGUUUGCUACUACAAUUAUUGCUUUAGAAAAACAAAUAUUUAGUGCCUAGCUGUCAAACUUAGUCAAAUUGUGAUGCACUGAUUUACCCCACCCCCCAAAAUAAAUCAAAGACAUUGCACCAAAAUACAGUUAAUACACCAAGAAGCAAACCUCUCCCCUUUAAGCACUAGUACACUGUACCUGAACAACUGGUUGUUACCACAGUAACAUUAAAGGUGUGCAUGCUGCAUUUUGGUUCAUACAUCUUGAUCGUCCUUGUUUAAAAUUUCAACCAAAUUUAAUCUGCAUCCAUCGAAACCUGCAUUCUUUUCAUGGUUCUGACGCUGCAUGUUGAUGAAAGAAACGGAAAUUGUUUUGUAUGUUUAUUUUUCUUUGGGGAGGUGUGUGUGUGUUUUAGUUUCUGCUUCUGUGUUACAUAAGUUAUCUUUGUCAUUUGGCCUGUUUUCCCAAACUCAGCCUCCUUUUUAAAAUAAAUAAAUAUGCUAAUAAUAAUCGGUGCCCCUGCCCACAAAACAAAAACUUGGAUUGUUCAUUUAUUUCUGUGUGAUUGUACUUUCAGUCCGUUCUAGUUUAAUAUUGUAUGUAUCAUUUUUCUUUUUUAAAUAAAGAAUGUUAAUUAUA